CUCUUUCCUCUCUGCUUUUCAGGCUUCUCUCUGGGUUCCACGGUGCAGUCUCACACCAAGGGGAUCUGGAUGUGGUGUUUCCCUCAUCCCCAGAAGACAGGCCACACCCUAGUUCUGCUUGACACUGAGGGCCUGGGAGAUGUAGAAAAAGGUGACAAUCAGAAUGACUGCUGGAUCUUUGCCCUGGCUAUACUUCUGAGCAGCACCUUUGUGUACAACAGCAUGGGACCCAUCAACCAACUGGCCAUUGACCAGCUCCACUAUGUGACAGAACUGACAGACAGAAUCAGAUCAAGAUCUUCACCUGACCAGGAUGAGGUGGAGGACUCAGAUGAGUUUGUGAGAUUCUUCCCGGAUUUCGUGUGGGCUCUGAGGGACUUCUCUCUAGAGCUGAAAUUAAAUGGGGAACCCAUAUCUGCAGAUGAAUACCUAGAGAAUUCCCUGAAGCUUAAACAGGGUACUGGUCAAAGAGAUAAAGUAAAAGAAUUAAAUCUGCCUCAGCUCUGUAUCCAUAAGUUCUUCCCAAAGAAGAAAUGCUUUGUCUUUGAGCGGCCAGUUCAUGGGAGGAAGGUUGGUCAGAUGGAAUCAUUGCAGGAUCAAGACCUGGACUCUGACUUUGUGGAACAAGUGGCAGAGUUCUGCUCUUACUUGUUCAGCUCUUCCAAGGUUAAGAUGCUUUCAGGAUGCAUCAAGGUCAAUGGACCACGACUAAAGAGUUUGGUGGUAACCUAUGUGAACACCAUCUGCCUGUGGAGCCUGCCCUGCAUAGAGAAUGCCGUCCUGGCUUUGUCCCAGACAGAGAAUGCAGCUGCAGUGCAAAAGGCCAUUGCCCACUAUGACCAACAGAUGAACCAGAAGUUGCAGCUGCCCACAGAGACCCUCCAGGAGCUGUUGAAUGUACACAGGGCCAGUGAGAAAGAAGCCAUCAAGAUCUUCAUGGAAAAUUCCUUCAAAGAUGUUAAUCAAGUGUUCCUGACACAAUUCGUGACCGAGUUAGAAACAAAGCAAGAGGAAUUCCUUAAGAAGAAUGAGCAGGCAUCCUCGGAUCGCUGUUUAGCUCUGCUUCAGGAUAUUUUCAAUCCAUUUGAAGAAGACGUGAAGCAGGGGAUUUAUUACAAACCAGGGGGAUACCAUCUUUAUGUCCAGAAGACACGGGAGCUGAAGAAAAAGUACUAUGAUGAACCCAGGAAGGGGGUUCAGGUAAUGAUGGUUACAUGUGUGUUCUGGGGAGCCACUGACUUCAUCCAGACCGCAGAGUGACCCCCAAGCAUCAUUAUGAGAGUGUGCUAAUGUUUGCAUUGCAGGCAUAUGUUCCUUCAGCAUAACAUUGGUGCAGGUUGUCACACUACAUAUGCCCUGCAUAUUCAGAGACAGUGCACUCCCUUGACGAUUGAGUUCACAGUUAACAAUCAUAUUAACCACCAGUAUGACUGUCACCCUGUGUAUCAGAUAGAUUCUUUGUGUUGCAAAGGCCCAAUAAUAGUCCCUCAACAAUCUUAUAAUUCAUCAGUUUGUGCUCAGAAUUAGCAUUAAAAGACAACUGGCUGUGGUAAUAUCAUCCCAUGUCUGUUUUUCUGUUACUCUCACCCAGCCUUAUAUAGAGAGGGUCUGAGAAUCUGAGAAUAUUCCACGACCUUCAGGGUUUGAGCAGGCCAAAAGUUUAUUUUAAAAGCUGAUAAAUCAGGUAGGCGUCCAGUUUUUGAUAUGAUAUUUGUUGACACCCAUUUCUGCUGUGCAGUCUAUCUGCAUAUAAUU